AUGAGUAAAAUCGCUUGUAUUGAUCAACCUACAGGUUGGCAUGGCCUACCCAACGAACUGAAAACCCAUAUUGCAAGCUAUUUGAAUUCUAGCGAUAUGUCUCAUUUAUCGUUGGUAGAUUGGCAAUGCCGGGAUUUGAUCAAUAGUCCUUUGUUAUGGUUAGGCAAGACAAUUGUUCUUAAGAAGAGGAUAAGUAGUCAAGAUCCAUUUUGGUCCACGAUGAAAAUUAGAAAGAUCACUCAAUUUGAGCUAGAAGAUAAAGCUUGCGAUCUGACUAUUUUGAAAGCAAUCGCUGCAUUAGAUAUGCCAAUUACAGUUAUAAAAUUCGAAAUGAUCGAUGAUGAUAUGUUACGAUGUAUGAUUCAAUUUACUUCCAUCACUCAUCUUCAAUUAAGUAAUUGCUCCUAUUUUGAUCAUCAAGUUUUAUUGGAUACUUUAAUCCAUCUCAAUUACUUAACUACAUUAGCUUUAGAUGCUUACAACUCAUUAACUGAUAAAACACUCUAUCAACUUUGCUCCAAUUGUCCGUCAUUAUCAACACUGCGAUUGCGAUAUUAUCACAGUCCAGUGCCCAUUAAUCGUCGUAAAUUUACCGGUAUUGGUAUACGCAAAGCGCUAGCUACCUUAACUCGACUGGAAGAAAUCGAUUUCUCAUUUUCUAUCUUAGAAGAUAGCCAAUAUGUAUCGGAUAAUAGAGCCUGGAAAUCGACCUUUUACCUAAUAUUCUCGCCUAUGAGAUUAAAAUUACAUUUGCAUGAUAAAGUUGGCGAGGUGGUGGAAAAUCCUUCUAUAGUUAUGAAAUUAAAAAGAAUCGUUUUAGCAUAUGCCAGAAUUGAAUUAACUUCCUUCCUAAUGCAACAUCAUCAGAAUUCUAAUUUAAGCUGUUUGGAUCUAAGUGGCCAUUCGUUACCUGAUCGGUUUGCACAGAAGCUAGUUAAAGCAAUACCGACACUACGAGAAUUAAAUCUAUCAAAUACAGACUGCGAUAAUUCAAUGCUAGCAAAACUGGGCAAAUUACCUUUAAUCAAAUUAAAUAUUGAAAAAUGUUAUAAAAUAAAUGGUUAUGGUUUAUACGAAAUGGCUCUACUAAACGGCCGCAGCAUUCAACAUUUAGAUAUUUCAUUUUGUGAUAUAGCGACUGAAAGAUUGACUGCGGUGUCAGAGUUGUUUCCUAACCUAAUAUCCAUUUAUUUAAGGGGGUGUAAGCAGGUAGACGACGAUAGUUUUCUCGCUAUUGGUAGCGGAAAAUUUCUAAAUUUUAUUGAUAUUACUGGCUGUAAAAAAAUUACUUCCAGUACAGUGCAAGAAUUACGAUUAGUGAAACGUAACAAAAUUUUAGUCAAACACUAA